AGAGUUCCAUCCUCCACUUGUACUUAACUCCUCCCCGUUUUUACUCGCUUGCAAAAAAAAAAAAAAAAAAAAAAUCUCUGUUCCCAGCUCUGCUUGCAGGAUAUCUCAUUCGUUGGGGAUCCUUCUACACUUGAUUUCUGCUUUAGAGUUUUGUUAAAAGCUGUCCCUGUACUUCGUUCAUUCCUUACAGGGGAAAAAAAAAGUCUCAGCAGGCAAAUAAAUGGCACAGACUUACUUUCUCCUACCCCAACUCUUAACUGAAAGGAGAGAGGCGGCUAUUUGUGUCCUGCUUGGUCGGUGCUGUCUCCUGUGGGCCUUCUGAUUGUGACAGCCACGUGGCCGGCGGAGUGCAGUAGAGUGCUCUAGCGGCAGGCACUAAGGGCCCAGGUUCUUUGGGAGCCAAGGGCUUUGUAACCGUGCUGUAGGUUCGCUCGCAUGCGCUUUUAUCUUGGUGCAUUCUGAGAGGGGGAAGUGGAAAAAGAUGAAUCUUUCACGCCUGUUUCUCUUGCACUCCAAGCCUAAAAUUUAUGUUUCCUUGUAGUGCUGCCUGGUGAAUUAAGUGCCUGGACCAACCUUUCUUCUAAAAACAAUCCAAAAUGCUGGAUAAAAUAAAAUCUUAAAUGCAUCAAAGCUCUGGCACAGAGGUAAAGAAUACUUAAGCCAAACACUAAUUGGAAACUCAUGAAGAACUAAGAGAGUAAAUGGGUCCAGUAAUUGGAAUGACUCCAGAUAAGAGAGCUGAAACCCCAGGAGCUGAAAAGUUUGCAGGAUUAAGCCAGAUUUACAAAAUGGGAAGUUUGCCUGAAGCUGUUGAUGCUGCCAGGCCAAAGGCCACUCUAGUGGACAGUGAGUCAGCUGAUGAUGAACUGACAAACUUGAACUGGCUUCAUGAAAGUACUAAUCUUCUGACAAACUUCAGCCUUGGAAGUGAGGGUCUUCCAAUUGUUAGUCCAUUGUAUGACAUUGAGGGAGAUGACGUGCCAUCCUUUGGACCAUCCUGCUACCAGAACCCAGAAAAAAAAUCAGCAACUUCAAAGCCCCCAUACUCCUUUAGUCUUCUCAUUUAUAUGGCUAUUGAACACUCUCCAAAUAAAUGUUUGCCUGUCAAAGAAAUUUAUAACUGGAUUUUGGACCGCUUCCCAUAUUUUGCUACUGCACCAACAGGCUGGAAGAAUUCUGUUCGACAUAAUCUGUCCCUGAAUAAAUGUUUUCAGAAAGUGGAAAGAAGCCAUGGCAAGUUCAUGAACAGACCCACUGAAAGGAAGUGCUGCUAUGGUAACAUAACCAGACUGUUAUUUGAGACCAUACCCAAAAUACUUAACUGGCCUGAAACUGUUAAUGGAAAAGGUUCAUUAUGGUGUGUUGAUCCAGAAUACAAACCCAAUCUUAUACAGGCACUGAAGAAACAACCUUAUCCCUCAGCACCAACAUCUUACACCUCUCCUGAAUCUCUACAAAGUGGUUCUUUAUCACCUCAGUACUUAAGCUCUGUACUCAAGCAGAACCAAGUGCAAACCCUCAAAGAAUCUGAUAUUGAUGCUGCCACUGCAAUGAUGCUUUUAAAUACUUCUAUAAAACAAGGAAUUUUAGAAUGUGAGAAGCCCCUUCCUCUUAAGACAUCACUGCAAAAAAAGAGGAGUUAUGGCAAUGCAUUUAAUCAUCCCAGUGCUAGACGAUUACAAGAGAGUGAUUCUUUAACCAGCAGCAUUGAUCCAAAAGAAGAUCACAAUUACAGUGCAAGUAGCAUGGCAGCACAGCGUUGUGCAUCCAGGUCUAGUGUGUCUUCCCUGUCAUCUGUGGAUGAGGUAUAUGAAUUUAUCCCAAAGAAUAGCCAUGUGGGAAGUGAUGGCAGUGAAGGAUUCCAUAGUGAAGAAGAUACAGACGUUGAUUAUGAAGAUGAUCCUCUUGGAGACAGUGGCUAUGCAUCACAGGCUUGUGCAGAUACCUCUGGAAAAGGGCAGCCAGGGAAAAAGAUGCGAAAACAGUCAUGUCAAGAAAUUGAUGAGGAGCUCAAAGAGGCAGCUGGAUCUCUGCUGCACCUUGCUGGAAUUCGUACAUGUCUUGGCUCCCUAAUAAGUACUGCAAAGACACAAAAUCAAAAGCAGCGGAAAAAAUAGAAAUACUUGUUAGUGUAAAAUUAUUUUAAAGUGUGGCAAUACUCUUCUACAUAAUUCUUUACAAGGGAUAUCAAAGCCAUAAUGGACUUCUUUAGUUUUAGGGUAGGAGAAAGAUGAUAAUUAGUUGUUUUUUGUUUUUGCUUUUUUUUUUUUCAAAACAUUUUUGAGUUUUUUUUUAAUUUUUUAUUAAGAAAUUGCUGUUAGGAUCAUGCCCAAUCAUAAAUAUAUGAAGUCCUAAAAGCAUAAUAUUUGUGAUAAAUGUCUCCAAGAUUAGUAAAUUUGUAUAUAAGAAAAUUUUAAAAUCUUUAGCCUCUGUUGUAAACUUGUAGAAAAAAACUUUUCUUCUGUUAAUAUGUCAAAAUAUAAGAUUUGGCAACUCUAUAAAACUUGUUUAAUUUUUAAUCUGUAUUUAACUAUAGUUACUGAUUCAGCUAAACUUUUUGCUGAAAUCUCUUCAAUGUACUUUUCACCUGACACAUGAUCCAAAAGGAUAAAAUUUGGGGUUUUUAUUUUUUCUGUUUUAUUUUUUGUUGUGACAUGACAAAGUCAAAUAUAAAUUGAAAAAGACCCUAGAUGUCAAGAAAGUUCCUUUUGGUUUUGUAGGUAGAAAAUACAACAGAAAUUUCUGUGAUUCAGAAAAGGCAAUUUUGGGAUGUGAUUUCAUUGAAGACUGCAAUUCCUAUUACAAUAGAUCUUUGAGAUUUUUUUACUUCACAGAUAGCACAUAGCAUUUAUUGGGUCUUUUGUCCUUCCCAAAGUUCUUUACAACCAUUGUUUAAAUUGUAGCCGCAAGCUGUCUUUGUUGAGUAAAAAUUAUCCAAUGAGAGGAUAUAGCCAUAGAGUGUGUUAUGGAGUAAACACCCAUUUUGACACACUUUUGCAAUAAGAAACUUUUUGGUUUGCUUGCUUCUUACUACAUUCUGAGAAUCUUGUGAUAGUAAUAGAAUAUAAUAAAACAUUUUGAAUACAUAUUGCUUAAUGUUAUCAUAAAUAAGAUUGGGUUAUUUAGGAAAAGCUUCUGUCCAGGCUUUGUAUGGAUUAAAACUAUGUGUAUACCAAAUUAAAUUUUAGGAGAUGUAACAGAACCGCGGAGACAAAAUACUUUCAUGGAAUUCAAAAUUUGUGUAAAAUUAGAUCUUCCACAGUACAGCCUUCUGAGGAGGCAGUGUAAUACCCGUAUUUGCCAUUAAUCCAUGCUAAAAAGUUUUAUAUUACUGUUCCAAAAGUACAUUGACAAGUAUUUUAAGUGUUUGAACAAAUCUGCUUCUAUAAGACAGUUUUUCAUAAUACCAUCUGUACAGUUUGACUAUAUUAUUCAUAAAGAACAAGGGAUACUAAUAAACUAAACGUAUUCAUUAUAUUUUUUUAACAAUGGUGGAAGCAACUUCCAGAACUUCAGUCUUAUCUCAUAAUAUACCCUAUAUCAUAAACAAUGACCUUGUUUUCAUUUUUCUCUUAACUUAUAUACAUGUAUACACAUACAUACACACAUGUGUGCACAAGUCGUGUUGCUUUGCUGCUUUCAGCUCUUUCCAUGACUAUAAAACAUUUUCUUGGCUUUUUAAAAGAGAAUGACAGAUAUUUUUAUUUUAAAUUUAAAAUUUUUAGGAUAAAACUGCCAAAUGAGAAGAAUGAUAACAACAAUAUCUUUUUCAAUUGAUAAGACUUUAAUCCAGGGAUAAUAGCAUUAAUGACCUUUGUCCUGUUUCUGUGUUACUUGUAAUUGAAUCUGGAUAGCCACGUUAAUAGAAUUGGUGCUGUUGAAAUAUAAUUUUGUAAUUGUUGAAAUGCAGGAUGAGGUAUUUGGAUUUUUUCCUUCUUCCUGUAUGUCACAUCUACAAAAAUUGGGUAAACCAAGUUGACCCCUUUUACUGUGGACAGUAAUAAAACAUCAAAAAAAAAAUGGCGCUUUUACCACAGUAUAAAUAGUAUAAAGAGACUACAAAAAUCACUUUAAUAAAAAUAUUUUUAAGCUAUAUACUUAGGCCCUCUGGAGACACCCUAGAAACAGUGUUUCAAUGAUCUGGUUCCAGUUUUUUUUGUUGUUGUCCUACUGAAAUUCUGUGCCAUAGAUGUUCUCAGUUCUACUCUUAAGUUUGUAUAGAAUUCAAUGAAUCACUUGCCAUCUGCUAAUAUACCAAGUUGUUUUCAAGGGGAAGAACCAUUUAUGUUAUGUCCCCUGUUACUACUUUCAUGAGGAUUGCGAUCUCAUUCCUCAAAUGUGUUGAGAUAGAAACAUGGCUCAUAACCACCGACAAAAGUCAUUCCAGAUGCUAUGGACUGGAAAUUGUAUUCCUGGUAAUAUUAGUAACAAAUUGUACUAUAAUAUAAACAACUUGGAAACCUCAGAGAGGUUAAAUAUUUUUAGACAUAUUUUUAAACUGUGAUUUUAAUAAUUUGCCUUAAAGUAUUAUUAAUUUUGCUACAACUCAUUCCGGUUUAUAACCCUAGCAAAAGUUUUAUCUCAGCACAAUUAAUCUUCAUCUUUCACAUCCCAUAUAGAAUCAGUGUUUCUUAAAUAUGUACUUUUAAAAUUUGUUUGUGCAAUAUAUUGCUUAUAGUCAAUAUUUUACUUUUCAAAUUCAGAAAAAGAAAACAUUACUUUUAUUUGUAGGAAAGCUAACUUGGUGUAUCACCUCCCUUUUUCCACUUUUGAGCCUUUCCUGUCCUUAUAGCCAGAAUGACUCCUAUUGACUUAGAUUCCUUUGUAUAUGGUAAAACUUAGUAUAUCUAUAUUUUUUUUAUUUUUUGCUUUCUGAGGCAUUAUGUAAAGGGUUCUUACUAGAUGAUCAGUUAAAUAUUCAUUAGCACAAAUUCAAAUCUAGUGAAAGUGUUGAUGGGAUAUACCUGUAUCAGUAAACCAGAAGGCCUUUCCCAAUAAUUUAAGAAACAAAUGUGAAUACAUCACAAAGCUGUAAAAACUGUUGCUUUAAAUACUACAGUAACUUCAGCACCCUUUUAUGAAGACUUUAGCAUUUACUUAAGAAACUUUGAGGCUUUCUGGUUUACAUAUAUUUUGUAGUAUUUUGUUUGAAAUGUGUAAGCUUUGAUUUAAAGUUUACUUAAGUAUGUUAAUGAUGUAGUCAAAAUAUUUAUUGAAAGGCAAAGUACAGUAUUUCAAUGUUGUACCUGCCAUUUUUUUCUCAAAGCACAUUCUUUGCAUCUAACUGCCAGUGCCAUUGUCAAACGUUUUUUAAAAUUGUUGUAUAUUUCUUAUUAAACUAAGUGCUUAAUUUUAAAGUAUUAUGUUACCAUCAUAUAGUGUAUAAAAAUGUGUAAUUGCCAAUCCACUGUAACUAUUUAUUUUUAAAUGAAAGUAUAAGAAUGCUUUCUGAUUCAAGAAAUUCCUUAUUAAACUGUUUCCUUAUCCUCUUUUCUGCUGUAGCAUAAAAAUUAUCCUGAGUUUGAAUAACUGCCAGUAGAUGACCAGUCACGAGUGAACCACUUCUCAGUUUGCCAGUCUUUUUGCUUAUAUUAAAACAACUUACAAAUGUUUAGUUUUUGUAUCUAAUCUCUCUGAUUAUUAAAAUGUUUAUAAAGUUUAUUUUUACCAAAGAAAUGCAAUUCAUUAUGAUAAAGUAUUGCAGAAUAAACUUGUUUUAUAACAUU